GACGUCACACGGCGCAGCCAGGCGCAGGCGUGCGGGGUUCGGCCGCCCGGGGUUUAGUAACUAGACACGCGCAUGGGCGCGAGUAAGUGUCGGGCUUUGAAAUGCAGCGGCAUUUAGUGAGCUUCCCCCUGUCCCCAGCGGUGCGGGUGAAGCUGGUGUCUGCAGGCUUCCAGACUGCUGAGGAACUUCUAGAGGUGAAACCCUCCGAGCUCAGCAAAGAAGUUGGUAUAUCUAAAGAAGAAGCCUUAGAAACUCUGCAAAUUAUAAGAAGAGAAUGCCUCACAAAUAAACCAAGACAUGCUGGUACAGCUGAGUCAGGCAAGAAGUGUACAGCGCUGAAACUUCUUGAGCAGGAGCAUACCCAGAGCUUCAUAAUUACCUUCUGUUCAGCACUAGAUAAUAUUCUUGGGGGUGGCGUACCCUUAACCAAAAUAACAGAAAUUUGUGGUGCUCCAGGUGUUGGAAAAACACAAUUAUGUAUGCAGUUGGCCAUAGAUGUGCAGAUACCAGAAUGUUUUGGAGGAGUGGAAGGUGAAGCAAUUUUUAUUGAUACAGAGGGAAGUUUUAUAGUUGAUAGAGUGGUAGACCUUGCUACUGCCUGCAUUCAGCACCUUCAGCUUAUAGCAGGAACACAUGUGGGAGAGGAGCACCCAAAAGCUUUGGAGGAUUUCACUCUUGAAAAUAUUCUUUCUCAUAUUUAUUAUUUUCGUUGUCAUGAUUACACAGAGCUACUGGCACAAGUUUAUCUCCUUCCAGACUUCCUUUCAGAACACUCAAAGGUUCGAUUAGUGAUAGUGGAUGGUAUUGCUUUUCCUUUUCGUCAUGACCUAGAUGACCUACCCCUUCGUACUCGAUUACUAAAUGGCCUAGCCCAGCAAAUGAUCAGCCUUGCAAAUAAUCACAGAUUAGCUGUAAUUUUAACCAAUCAGAUGACAACAAAGAUUGAUAGAAAUCAGGCCUCGCUGGUACCAGCAUUGGGGGAAAGUUGGGGACAUGCUGCUACAAUACGACUAAUCUUUCAUUGGAACCAAAAGCAAAGGUUGGCAACAUUGUACAAAUCACCAAGCCAGAAGGAAUCUACAGUACUGUUUCAAAUCACACCUCAGGGAUUUAGAGAUGCUGUUGUUGCUACUACAUGUUCAUUGCAAACAGAAGGUUCAUUGAAUUCCCGGAAACGGUCACGAGAAUCAGAGGAAGAGCAGGAAGCCAAAGACUAGUCUUAAAUAUAUACAUAUGUAUGGAUGCCGUGAGAUGCAAUGUAUACAAGUAGUAAGCUUGUUACUUUAAAAUAUAAACACACACUAUGACAUGAAUGAAUCAGGAAUAUGUGAAAUGAAAUAUAUAUAUGUAUAUAUAUAUUUUUUAACAAAUAUGGUUGUCUGAGUUUUUCUAAAUCAGUGUUCUAUAGUUAUAAUUUGCCCUGUUUUUAUUUUUAGUAACAUUCAGAAGGGAUGAUAAUAGGGAUGUAUUUUGCAGAUGUAGAAAGCUGAUCUUAUGUGGCCAAUCUGAAUUUACCAUUCAGACUUGUUUCUUCUUACUUUCUUUGCUAAUUGCCUAGAAAAUCCUAAGAAGAAAAGAUGUAUUUUUCAUAUUCCUUUUAUGUUCUCUGUAAAUGUAGCUUUGAUAAUUCUUAAAAUGACCCAUUUUAUUAUUAUAAAGAAAAGCCAGCAUCCUGGGUCAUCAUAUCAUUAUAUUCAGUUUUAUAGGUAGGGUACAAAUUCUAGAGGACCAAUCCGAGUUUAGUGACCUCAAUCCUGAAGCCAUUUGUUUAUUUUUAAUGUUAUUUUAUAAUGUUAAAGAAGGACUUUGGAGUUGUUAUCCCAUUGAGAAAUUGUGUGGAACAUAUAUCUUCCAGAAUAGUCAAGUCGAUAAGCUCACAGUUAUUUAUGUCUACAUUUUUGAAACAUGGUGUGAUUCAUUCUAGAAUUCUAGGUAUGUUGACAUUUUCCUUUGAAUAACCUUAACACUGCUUGAAUAAAUUAAAAAUUUAGAUUGA